UAUUAGAACACUCUGUUCGCUGGUAUCGCUGUAGGUUCCUUGUUAACCCAAGCCGUGUCAGUUAAAAGCGCGGUGUUUUGUACUAAAUUAGAAAUAAUUAAUUUAUUUAAGUUUAACAUUCCUAUUUAAUAAACAACUUUAAAAUGGGUGACGAAAAAAAGGGUUCAGAAUCAGAACACAUUAAUUUAAAAGUAAUGGGACAGGAUCAAGCUAUCGUACAAUUUAAAAUUAAGAAGCAAACACCUCUUCGAAAGUUGAUGAAUGCGUAUUGCGACAGAGCUGGCUUAGCAAUGUCAACUGUACGUUUUCGAUAUGAUGGUAACGUUGUAAAUGAAACUGACACACCUACAACGUUGGAAAUGGAAGAAGGAGAUACAAUUGAAGUUUUCCAACAACAGACAGGCGGUUAUAGACAUUAGAAUAAUUAUUUUUAAGUAUUAUCUUAUAAGUUAUGUUUAUUUUUUCAUUCAAAAAUACAACCAUCAUAAUUAUAAUUUACCUAAAAUAUAAUUAAUUUCAUUUGGAAAUUCAAUAACGAUGAUACCCAUUUAUUUUUAAAUUAAAAGUAACAAUUAUCCAAAUAUUAUUUUAAUGUCAAAAUAUUUUUUGUUAGUUAAAUAAUAAUUCUCCAUAACAAAUGUAAACGGAAGGAAGAGUUAAGAGGAAUAAUUUUAUGAUUACUUAAUUUCAUUUGUUCACACAAGAAUAGCUUUUGUUAGCUACGAGCAAACGAGUUUUAUUCAAAGUGGUAAACUAUAUAAUUAAGUUUAAUUGUAUAGUUUAGAAAAUAUUUAGAAAAUUUACGAACGUGGACAUAAACUAUUACUAUGUAAAACCGUCUUUAUUAUUUAUAGAAUUUUCGAUUUUAAUUGUCUGUUUGAUUCUGUAAACUAAUUUAAUUCAUGGGUUCAUAUUUAGCGUAUUAAAUUUUUUUACAAAU